AUGCCCUCCACCCGCCCAUUAAUAAUCCCCCAAAAGCGAGCCCUCCUCCCACCAAGAACAAACAGCAGCACCCCCCAAACCCAACCCCGCACAUAUCAAAUCCUCAAUCCGAGCGCCGUGGCGGCCGAGACGUGCAUGAAAGCGGCCCGGGUCCCAGAAACCGCAGACGAGCCUGCGAGCCAUCUAGACAGGGCAGAUGACGGACCAUCAAGGAAUCUCACGCGCAUUGAGUUCGACUUUGCUGCGCCCCCGCAACCGUUUCUCGAUCCGCCGGUUUGGGAGGCGAUGCUGAAGCGGGCACGGGCAAGGAGCUUGGGCGUUGAGGGCCGUGCUGGGGGCGUGGGGGAGGGAGGGGAACUUCAAGAGGGAGCAGGGAGCGCGAAUACGGGCUCUGAAACUCCUCGAGAGCAAAGGGGUCGAGUGGGGAGGGAGGCGGAGUACAAUUCUAUAGCGAUCCGGGGUCGGUCGAGUAUAUCUGGGCGAGGGAAACGAGCGCGAGGGGUUGGGAGGGGGGGUUCAAGUUCAAGUUAUUGGGGAGGGCGACGGUGA